AUGACCGUGGUGUGGUCGCCUCCCGUGGUUGGGACUCGGGUUGGGGAUGGGGCUGGGGGAUGCGUGAGGUGGUCGUGGCUGGAGCGGAUGCGCGCCCGCGGGCUGACGGAGGUCAUGUUCCCCGUGUAUGACCCCGGGAUGGGGUACCAGUCCCCGCGCACGCUGGCCGAGUGGACGGAGCGGCGGCGCGUGGAGGAGAGCAGGGAGCGGGAGGCCGGGCGGGUGUGGGAGGAGUUGAUGGGCGAGGGGCGGCGCGCGGUUGAGCGGGAGGCGGAUGCGUGGGUAGAUGAGGCGAGGAAGGAGAUGAAGAGGGAGGUGGAUGCGUGGCGGGAUGCAGCGCAGGAGACGGGGUCGUCGUUUUUUGACGGGAUUGGGGGGGCUGUGAGGACGCUGGGGAAGGUGUUGGAGGACGAGGUCAAGUCGUUGCGCCGGUCUGGAGGGGAAGAAGAUAGGAAGAGUCAAGAUAGGGGCGCGGUUCAGAAGGACGAUGCACCACAGACAGAAAGUGACCUCUACUCGGUCAUCCAGUCCGCCUUCCACGAGUCGGAACGGUCACUCUCGAACUUCUUCAAGCUCAUCUCGGAGGGCGGGCGUGGCCAAAGCCUUCCAGAACCCAAGCCGGUCUCACCGCCGAAGGUGAAAACCACCGAGGCCGUAGAAGACGGCAUCACAAAAAAGACCACUACGGAGGAGUUUGUUGACCAGUACGGCAACACACACUCCAAGACCGAGACUACCUGGACCGACGAGAAUGGCUCCGUUAUCAUGAAACAGGUGCACAGCUCCAUGGGCCGCUCUGAGCACUGGGAAAAGACAACUCAGGGGGCUUCUACAGAGCCGGACAAGACGGCUGCCGAGCGGCCGAAGGAGCAGCAGCAGCAGCAGCACAGGGAGAGCGGAUGGUUCUGGAAGUGA